AUGCGCGCACGACAGCUGGGCGACCGACUAAUUCGCAGUCUAGGACUCUUCAUUUCCAGUGGUACCGCAAUCGCAGAAUCAGGUCCUGCCGGUGCCUUGAUCGCCUAUCUCUUUGUCGGUUCAAUCGUCUACUCCGUCAUGAGCUCCUUGGGUGAAGUCGCAACCUUCAUUCCUAUUCCCGGUGCCUUCACUUCUUACGCCGCCCGCCUGAUCGAUCCGAGUCUGGGUUUCUCGAUGGGCUGGAUUUACUGGUUCAACUGGGCUUCGACCUUCGCGGUGGAGUUGACCGCAACGGGAACCAUCAUUCAGUACUGGGAUCCAAGCUUGAACAUCGCCAUCUUUAUUGGAGUCUUCUGGGUCUUUAUCACUGCACUCAACUUCCUCCCCGUCAGUUUCUACGGCGAGUUGGAGUUCUGGUUCUCCACCAUCAAAGUUGCCACAGUGAUCGGGUUUAUGAUCUUCGCCAUCUGCAUCGAUCGCGGAGUGGGAGAUCAGGGUGUCCUCGGCUUCAAGUAUUGGCACCACCCCGGCGCGUUCGCGACCUAUCUGGUCGACACCCCGGAAUCCGUCGGCAAGUUCGUGGGUUUCUGGGCCGUCCUGAUUCAAGCCGGAUUUUCCUACCAAGGAACUGAAUUGGUCGGUGUCGCCGCAGGAGAGACCGAAAACCCUCAGAAGACCGUGCCAUCCGCGAUUCGGAAGACCUUUGUUCGAAUCCUCCUCUUCUUCGUGCUGACCAUGUUCUUCAUUGGUCUCGUCGUUCCCUAUGACAACCCUAGACUCGCCACCACCACAACUAAUGCCUCAUCUUCCCCCAUGGUCAUUGCUGCUGACCUGGCCGGUGUCAAGGUGCUCCCUAGCUUGAUCAAUGCCGUGCUCUUGACUGUGGUCCUGUCAGCCGCGAACUCCAACGUCUACAGCGGUAGCCGAGUGCUUACGGGAUUGGCCAACGAAGGCUUUGCCCCCCCUUGCUUCGCCUGGGUCACCAAGUCGGGUGUCCCAUACAUCAGCGUGGGCUUCACCGCCUUGUUUGGUCUGCUGGGCUUCAUGAACGUCUCCAACGCCGCUGGGCAAGUUUUCAACUGGCUGGUGAACCUUUCCAGUGUGGCAGGCUUUGUGACAUGGGCGUGCAUCAACGCUUCUCACAUCGCAUUCAUGCGCGCGUUGUCCACCCGUGGUAUUUCUCGAGAUGACCUCCCCUACAAGGCCAUCCUGCAACCCUAUCUGGCUUGGUACGGGCUGUUCUUCAACGUCCUCAUUGCCCUUACCCAGGGUUUCACUUCCUUCAUCCCAACCUUCGAUGUCACAGACUUCUUCAUCGCUUACAUCUGUAUCAUCGUCUUCGUGGUACUUUAUGUCGGGCACAAGAUCUUCUAUCGCACGUCCUUCGUUCGGUCGGUCGAUGCCGAUCUUGACACCGGUCGCAUGCACUUUGAAAAGGAAGUGAACGUUCCGGAGGCCUGGUACCGGAGGAUCUGGACCGGGCUUCUGACCGGUCGCCGUGCGGUCCGUGAUGCAUUUACUGUCUAUCGUUAUUAG